GUGAAUCUGCUUGUCACAGGGCCUGUUGUUCUUCAUGCUUGAGGGAAAUGGAUGCAACAAAAAUUGAAUCUCUAGUGAAAGCCCAGCAACUGAAGGACCAGUUUGACAACUUGGAAAAGCACACGCAGUGGGGGAUCGAGUUUGUGGAGCGAUACACCAAAUUUGUGAAAGAGAGAUCAGAAAUUGAAAUCAAUUAUGCAAAGCAAAUUAGGAAUCUUUCAAAGAAGUAUCAGCCUAAGAAGAACUCCAGAGAGGAGGAAGAAAACAAAUUCACUUCAUGUCGGGCUUUCUUAUCUACCCUGAAUGAGCUGAAUGACUAUGCCGGGCAGCAUGAGGUCAUCGCAGAGAACUUAACCUCACAGAUCAUUGCUGAACUGACGCGGUAUAUUCAGGAGCUGAAACAAGAGAGGAAGUCGCAUUUUCAUGAUGGACGCAAGGCGCAGCAACAUAUUGAAAACUCCUGGAAGCAGCUUGAAUCGAGUAAAAGGAGAUUUGAGAGGGACUGUAAAGAGGCAGACCGGGCACAGCAGUACUUUGAGAAAAUGGACGCCGACAUCAACGUGACAAAGGCAGAUGUAGAAAAGCGAUGUUCCCACAAGGCUCGGCAGCAGGCCCAGCUACGACACCAGAUGGCAGCUGACAGUAAGGGAGAAUAUUCAGUGUAUCUGCAGAAAUUCAACAAGGAGCAGAAUGAGCAUUACUACACCCUCAUCCCACAUAUUUUCCAGAAAAUCCAGGAAAUGGAGGAGAAGCGGAUAGAGAGAGUAGGAGAAUCGAUGAAGACCUUUGCAGAGGUUGACCGUCAAGUGCUGCCCAUCGUGGGCAAAUGUCUAGAUGGCAUGACUAAGGCAGCAGAGUCCAUUGAGCCAAAAACUGAUUCUAAGCAGGUAAUAGAAUGUUUCAAAUCGGGGUUUGAGCCCCCGGGAGAUGUGGAGUUUGAAGACUACAGCCAGGCAAUGAAGCGGACCGUCUCAGAAUCCAGCCUGUCCAACUCUCGAGGGGAAGGGAAACCAGAGAAGCCCAGCAGCAAGGCCAAGGGCAAACUGUGGCCUUUCAUGAAGAAGAACAAGCUUAUGUCCCUUUUAACAUCCCCACAUCAGCCCCCACCUCCCCCCCCUGCCUCUGCCUCACCCUCUGCUGUUCCCAACGGCCCCCAGUCUCCCAAGCAGCAAAAGGAGCCCCUCUCCCACCGCCUCAACGAGUUCAUGACCUCCAAACCCAAAAUGCACUGCUUCCGGAGCCUAAAGCGCGGGCAGAGUCGAACUUACUCUUAUCACAAAGAGCUCAUGAAGAGGACUUUAGGCAGACCCACAUACGCGUAUGAGGCCAGACAAUAUGUUCUUUCUCUCAAGCUGAUAACUCUGAACACACAGGUCCGGAGUCUAAUCGAGGGCUCUGGGCCGGAAGAUUUUAGCCACUUGCCACCGGAGCAGAGGAGGAAGAAACUUCAGGCAAAGAUUGACGACCUCAACAAGGAAAUACAGAAAGAGAUGGAUCAGAAGGAUGCACUGACCAAAAUGAAAGACGUCUAUGUAAAGAAUCCCCAGAUGGGAGACCCAGCCAGCGUUGACCCGCGAUUAGCUGAAAUCUCGCAAAACAUUGAAAAGCUGCGACUGGAGGCGCAGAAAUUUGAAGGCUGGCUGGCAGAGGUGGAAGGAAGGCUGCCUACGAGGAGUGAGCCCCCACGAAGACAGAGUGAACUGUAUGAGACCCAAAACAGCACACCUGUCAAUAACAACUGCGCACAGGACCGUGAGAGCAGCCCGGAUGGCAGUUACACAGAAGAGCAGAGUUCCGAGACUCAGAUCAAGGUGCCCAAUACAGAGUUUGAUGACGAGUUUGAUGAUGAAGAACCCCUUCCCACUAUCGGCACCUGCAAAGCCCUUUACCCAUUCGAAGGACACAAUGAAGGCACCAUCACAGUGGCAGAAGGGGAGAUGCUGUACGUAAUUGAAGAAGACAAAGGGGAUGGCUGGACCCGGGUGCGAAGGAACGAGGAUGACGAGGGAUACGUGCCUACGUCAUACGUUGAGGUCUAUUUGGACACAAAUGCCAAAGAUUCCUAAAAGUGUGGGGCUGGCACAGGAAUCACAGGGCAAGCUGCUUCUGGAGAAACCCGUCCUCCUCUUAAAAUGCUUUUAGUCAGGAAAACAGACGCCAGAAAAGGGGACAAGUUAGGAUGCGGUUGAUUUUCGCCACUCAAAAGUAAAAAAAGCAAUUGAUUGAAUGCUCCUUCUGGUAGCAGAAAGAAAAGUAAAGAAACCAAAUUUAUCAACCAUCAUAUUUUCAUAUUCUGCUUCUUUUGUUGCUGCAAGGCAUGCUUCUCGACAUACUAACUUGGCUUCCUUUUCUUCGUCAGCAGUGGUCACUUGCUAAUGCUCACAGCUCUUUUGACAGGGCUCCUAGCUAAAGACAUAAAACGUGAUCUUGACCAGAAGGGUGUGCCACAGGAUCAGAAACCAUAUCUUUUGAAACCAUUUUAUUCCUGCAGAGCCAAGCCACCUUCCCGCAUACCUGGUUUAUAAAGUUUACAUACUGUAGAUCUUUCACAUUGCCUUUACAUGGACCUGCAGGACUAUUCCCUGCAGAUGAUUUUAAUGGCAUAGCAUGAACAUACUGCAUGGAGAAAACACAUUUCAUUUUAUACUACAAACAGCCUUAGAAAGAAAGAGAUUUUGCAGGAUGGGAUUUAACUACUUUUCAUAGCAUGUUGUGCUACUCUCACUCUGUGGCUUCAAUAAGUGCAAAAAAGAAGAAAUUUUAGCCAGUUGUGCAUCUGUUUUUCUCAUGCUUUUUUCUCAAACACGAAAAGCAAGCAUAAAAAAGUUAACCCCCGAAUUGGACAUUUUGCACUGGAACACAAUUCACGGCAUACUGUACCAAAGACAGGAUUGAACGUGAACUUGUGUUGCUACAUGGAAGCACACAGACUCCGUUUUCUGCUCACGUUCUUAUGCCUGUAGGCAGUGUGCUGUAGAUGAGUCACUCAUGACUUCCCCCAGUCUUUCUCUCCUGUGAUGCACCCUCCGGUAAAGGACUCCACAUGCUUCUCACCCAGGCUACAAGGCCGUGUGUUUUGAUUCCUAAUUUUGCCGUUUUUCUAAGCUUGCAUGCUCGCCCUGUCUCCCUGCCUUUGCCAACCUAAAUGGUUUUGGAGUCUUUGGCCUGUUUUAAUUUAACCAUUGCCUGUACAGUUUUAAAUGUUUUAUGAUGUUUUUUUUUCUACAUUGUGCCUGUGUUUUCAUUUUGUGUUAUACCCCCCCCAUCUCGCAUGAUCACCUGCGUGUGUGUUACGUUGAAUUUAAUAAUUUUACACACUCCCAGAAUUUUCAUUUUCCCUCCAGCUGAUGAGGAAAUGUUUUUGAGGAUCACAAUUUGUUUUUGAAUAGAUAGAGAAGAAAUAUCCUAUUUUAUUUCAGAAAACAAAAAUGAAGUACUGCCAAUCUCCAUGAACAGUGUUACAAACAAGUCCAUGUUACCUCAUUAUACUUUUUUUUACUAUCAGGCUCUGACCCACAGAGAAAUCAUUUUCUGUUUCAGUAAUGAGCAAUCUGUGUAAUAAUUUUUAUGAAAUAAGGUGAUUAUCUGCAUAGCUGGUUGUGUUAAACUGGUCCUUGAAGACUUUCCCUACUGAAGAGGCAUAAUUAGAGUAUUAUAAAGCAAAAUUGGGCAUUUCUGGGCUGUUUGUGGUCAGCAGUAAUUCUUUGAUUAGCAGCCUCCCAUUAAGGUUCUUCUGUGUGCCACAGCUUUUUUAUAUAUAAAAAAUAUGUGUCCUUUGUAAUGUGGAGCCGGACAGUACAUUAUUGUCAGCUCAGUACAAAUAGUAUAUGUCAAUAUAUUCUGUUCUUUGUGGCACAUAAUGAUUUUAUUAAAUUUUAUGGGGUUACACAAAUGUCAGUUUUCUUCUCUCUAGACUGAUCACACCAAUCGCUAUUAAACAAAAACCCUCGCCAAAAAUACAUUUUGGAAGAACAUUAAAUAAAGUUUGGAAUUCAUAUUAACACAGCUCUUAACUUUCAUAGGAAUAUUUUGAAAUGGUCUUAAUGCUAUAUGAAGCCUGUUUGUUUAAAAAAACACUUCUUAAAGAUGAGACUGAUGAUUUUUUAAGUAAGGAUUCCCUAAAGUCUGGUAAUUAAAUUAAAAUUUUAAAUCAGCACAGUGCAAUGGCUAAGCUUGAGUGAAUGAUGAGGAUCAUCACAGAAAUUUAGUACAAACAGCUUUUGGGUUAUGAUUGUUGGAUCAAACAGAUUUAACAGCACUGAAACGUAUGAGACUCAUUUAUCAUGAACAUUGCACAGAAAAAUUUCCAAGUCCACAGUUUCUUGCAUUAUAAAUGUUAGGGAAACAAGUGUUCAGUUUUGGAAGUUAUAUUGUAGUAUAAUAAUACGUGACAUACAGUAUGUUUGCAGUAGUGAGACAGUCUCUUAGAGAAAGCCUGAAUUUACUUUGGCACUCAUCUGUCUCUGAUGAAGAUUCUGACCACUACCUAGGAGCUGGAGCCCCAGAUGUUGGCAGUGUAGUCUACCAAUGGCUGUGCAUUAGAAAUACAAAACAAGCAUGAAAAACAAUGGCAAAGCCUUGAACAGGUUACACAACAUUCGGAUAUAAUGUAUGCAUGAUGAAAGGAGAACUUGAAACAGCACCUGAGCUGAUGAAGGAUCGGUCACCUCAAGUUAAGUUGCUGUGGUUUGUAACUCAUCCUAAUAUGUACAGGAGAUGUUUUCAGAAUCAGAUGAUAUAUAUAAAUAAAAAGUUUAAAAACAAAUUGAAAAAAAAUCUAUUUUUAAAAAGUUUAACUGUAAUUGUACGGUUGUUGAAAAUAAGUUUUGCUUUGCUAAGAGACAUUGUUUUGUAAAGUCAGCCAAAUGUUCUGAAUGGUUUUGCACUUUGUUUUUUUGUUACAUUUAGUAAGCUUUUGUGUCCGAGCAUUGAAGUUCACAAGUUAUUUUUACAGGAUACUUUACAUUAACUGUGCCAAUUAAAACAAACAAAAAUGUUUUCUGUCAAGUAAAUAAGUACUCAUAAUGCUUACUAGUCUCUUAGUUGUGAGGGGAGUAGGUGUCAAAAGAGUUUCCUAUUCUUACUAAAUUGGCUAAAUCUCUCAAUGGUUUUCUUCUUAAUGUAUGUUUGAGGUGUACAUUUCAUCUAUAGCAGGGUAACUUAAAAUGGAACAGAGACAGAAAGUUUAGUACCUUAGAAUUUUUUUUCCAUGAUAUGAACAUCAUCACCAGUGACAGUGAGUAUUCUGUUGUUCUAGCUGUUUCCUGUUUUAAUCUCAUUAAUUUGUGACAAUGAAAUGAAGCAGUCUGUGCUGUUAAUUUUACAGUCCUGUAGUUUCUAAGCCACUAAUGAAAUUCAAUGGAGCAGUGUAAUCUUUUGUGUCUGUGUCUGGGCUGUCAUUUGUCCCCUGCCAAUUUUUAUGAUUAUUCUCCUCUUUGGCAUUUUACAGAAAUUCAUGCAAGUGUAUUUUCAAAAACAAAUCAUCGUAAACUUGUGGAACUCAAGGGCUAAAGAAUGAUUUGAACUCAAAAAAAGUUAAUCAGACAAGAAGUUUUCAGAAUUUAGCAACAUUAAAAUGGACUGCUCCAUGGUCAACUGUAAUGAAAAGUAGCCACUACACCUACAGUAUAUCAUAAUAUGUAUAAUACCAUAAUCAGAAUAAUUCAAAAUCAAAUUCUGUCAACGUGUAUUUUACUAUGACUUUCUAGAUUAAGUCUGCUAAAUCCUUCAAACAUUUAAAAAUAUACAGAUUGUAAUUUACACGGGUGCCACAUAUUAAGUAUUUAAUGGGGAUAUUUUAUUUAAAAAACAUAGUCCCCCUAAUGUACUUUUAUGAAUGUAAAAUGUGUCUUAAAUCAUUUUCUUGAAUGAUGAUUCCCAGAGCAGGAAGGGGGUGGAAAAAAAAAUUCCAAAAAUGAAAUGAGCCUUUCUGAGAAAGGCACCUGACUGCUCCAGAAUUUCCCAUCAGCCUGAAUUAGCUCAGUUUUAAAUUGCAGUCCAGAAAACAGCUUCAUGCCUGACCCUGAUAGAAGAAUUCAAUCGUGAUGGCGUGAUAUGGCAAGCAAAAGAUACUUUCGAAAUGAGAGUACAGCCCUGAAACAUUUACUAUUUCAUCUUAGAGUGUGCUUCAAAAUGUAUCCAGUUAUUCUAAAUAGAAUUCAUUUCUGUUUCAUUUUCAGUCAUUUUCAAUUCAUUUUCAGUCAAAUUUCUGACUUUGGGUUUUGGAAUUGUGGCAUUUGUAUUUUUUUUCCUAUUGCAUAAUACACUUACUGCAUGAAUUUCUGUGACAGAGGAAGUAGCACAUAAAAUCAUCAAAAAUGUACAUAUAUAUAUAAAAAAAAUCUGGUCUGCCUUGCUGUGUCCUGUAUUUUCAUGACAAAAGCAGAUGCCUGGUUAUUCAUGUUACAAUUGCGCCCUCUGCUUUUCAUACAUUGUAUUGGUAAAGAUAAGAGAUCUAUUUGAGAAUAAAAUAUUAAAAAACAAUGUUGUUCACUUA